AUGCUUAGGCGCCGGCUGCUCCGAGAGCUACAAGCUUGCGCGGAAUCGCUCCCCAAAUCGAGCAAUCAGCUUGCCUUGGCAAGAAUCCGUGGAUUCCCGUCGAAUCUGACAAAGGAUUUGCAUACUUGUUCGAAUCCUCCUAUUUAUUGUGCAUUUCCGCCAGCUUUUAGAAGAGGAAUCUUUGGUGCUUCUAGUUCUUGCGCAGUGAAAUUGUUCAAGAACUCUGACGCCCAGCCGCCGGCUCGAUGCAUAUCCGGCGACGCCUGCGCGGCGGCGGCGGCCGAGGCCCCUUCUUCGCCUAUGCGCCUGCCUCGGCCUGGUCUUGUCCGUGCCAGUGCGCAGGCAGCGCUAUUCGAGUAUCUCCAUUCAACCCGGGGAAUGGAAAUCACACUUGCCGAGCACAUAAGCAAGAACUCCCCGGUGUUCCUUGCUGGCCUCCUGGGCAAUGUGGACACACGCGGUGGCAUCGAUGUGAGAUGCUCGGUCUCUAGGUUCCUCCGGUACCAGCCUAUCAAUGAGUUUGAGCCCUUCUUCGAGAGCAUUGGGCUCAGGCCGUCAGAGUUGGGGAAGUUCUUGCCAAGUGAUUUGAUAUACCUGAAUGAUGCAAUAGACUUGCUGGAUAAUUACAAAGUACUUUGUGAUUAUGGCGUGCAACGGACUAAGAUUGGUAAGGUGUACAAGGAGGCCAAUGAGGUGUUUGGUUAUGGACAUGGCGUGUUGUUCUCGAAACUGCAACAGUAUGAGCAGCUUGGGUUGAGCAAGUCAACAGUCGUCAAGCUUGUAGUUUGUUGCCCCAAGCUCCUCAUUGGUGAGGCCAACCUUGAGUUUCUGCAGGUUUUUGACAAGCUGAAAGCCUUUGGUAUUAUGUUAGUAAUGUUUAGAGGGGGGUUGUCAGAUAAGAGCAUGCACAACUGGAGCCGAACUCUUAGAAUGCUCGAAUUUCUUGAAAUGAUGGGUUCCAUCAAGAAGGCUCUAUUGGUAAGGCUGAUUAAAGAACAUCCAAGAUUUGUGUUUGGCCAAUCUGGUAAGAAGUUGUAUCUUCUUGUCAGCUUGCUGUGUAAAUUUGGCAUUCGGAUAGAUACCAUGCUGCAGUUAUUCAUGCAGUGCCCAUGGAUUCUAAAUGUGGAUUUUCCAAAGAACCUGCGGAAAUCUGUGAAAUUCUUGUCUCACAUAGGAAUGGAGGCAUUCGACAUUACUCGGGUUGUCUCCACUUGCCCUGAAAUUCUUGGUGCUAGUUCUUGUCAGAGUGUUGAUGAUGUGUUGUCUACCAUGAACAUGUCUGCCGAGAGGUUAUGUGAUAUCAUAAAGGAUGACCCUAUACAGUUUGGCAAUUUGGUAUCAAAGAAAAAAAUUCCAGCUGUGACAAAGAUAGACAGCUUUUAUCUUGGAGAGAAGGCUGAAUUCUUGCUGAAGAUUGGCUUCAUUGAGAACUCCGACGACAUGUCAAAGGCAAUGUCCCAAUUUCGUGGCCGAAGUGACCAGCUUCAAGAGAGGUUGGAUUGCUUGGUAGAUGCUGGAUUGGACUAUGAUAAUGCCUGCAGCAUCAUCAAAGUGGCCCCACAAAUACUGAACAUGUCAGUGGUUAUGAUCAAGAAAAAACUGAGCUACCUUCUGAAUGACCUUGGAUACACUCUUGAAUAUUUUGUUGCUUUUCCAAUGAUUCUCGGGUACAGUUUGGAAAAGAUGAAGCUAAGAUUCACAAUGUACAAGUGGCUCACCGAAAAUGGUGUCAAAAUCCAACCAACGAGCAAGAACAAGGUAAACAAGUCCAUGGUUGCCUUGAGUACCAUCAUGACACGUUCAGAUGUCAGGUUUGUGAAUCAAUAUGUGAAUCUUCAUCCUGGUGGACUGGAUCAAUGGGAAAGGUUGAAGAAUCAUGUGAAAAGUAUUCAGUAG